ACCGGUAUACAAACGCUUCAUGAUAGCACAGCAACGACAGCAAAAGGCCACAGACAUAAACUUAGGGAGGAUGAUGCAGUUAGUGUAUUCUCUCUUCGUCCACGCGGUUCUCAAAUAAGGUUGUCAAGUUAUCCAGUAUUGGGAUAUGUGGUCGAUCUGAAAGCUUUCUAA